GCCGCAUGCACUCGUCCUGGAGUCCUCUGCGACAUACACCCGGGCCGUCACCCAAAGAACAGAGCCAUGGCGCCCUUGUCAUUGCCCCUGCCGUCUCUCCUGAAACACAAGGACUGUCUGCUGAAGGCGGCUGUUUUCCGUAAAGUCUUACAGGGUUUACACCACCGGCCAUUCAGGUCUUGCUUGUGGAAACGGAAUUUCGGUGCGGUACACCAUGGAGUCGGUCAACUACUGUCACAGCAGCCCAGAGUCAAAAACUACGCAGCAUCUGUUUGUAGCAGCUCUUCAGACGGUCAGGACAUGACAGAGAGGCUGUGGUCUGUUUACAAUGAGACCAAAAGGCAGACAGAAGAUCUGAUCCCAGUCAUAUCCACCAACUCGGUCAACCCUGACACCAUUUUUGCCAACAAUGAGAUGAGCCUGCGAGACAUAGAGAUCUACGGCUUCGACUAUGACUACACCCUGGCGUUCUACUCCAGCCACCUCCACACCCUUAUCUUCAACAUAGCCCGGGACAUCCUCAUCACUAACCACAGGUAUCCAGAGGAUCUGCGGAAGUAUGAGUAUAUUCCAAAUUUUGCUGUAAGAGGACUUCACUAUGAUGUUCAAAAAGCGCUGCUGAUGAAGAUAGAUGCUUUCCACUACAUCCAGUUGGGAACUGUAUACAGGGGUCUUCAUCCAGUUCCUGAUGAGGAAGUCAUUGCGAUGUAUGAAGGUUGUCACGUACCUCUAGAGAUCAUGAGCGACUUCUAUGGCAAGAGCUCACACGGCCACACCAUGAAACAGUUCAUGGAUAUAUUCUCCUUGCCUGAGAUGACCCUGCUGUCCUGUGUCAAUGACUUCUUCAUGAGGCAUAAUAUCGACUAUGAGCCAGUCCAUCUCUACAAAGACGUAAAGGAAGCCAUUAGAGAUGUUCACGUCAAGGGCAUUAUGUACCGAGCUGUGGAGGCAGAUAUUGAGAAAUAUGUUUGCUAUGGUGAGCAAAGCCAUGCUGUACUGAAGAAGCUGUCAGAGCAUGGAAAAAAGAUGUUCCUCAUUACCAAUAGUCCCUUUGACUUUGUGGACCGAGGAAUGAGCUACAUUGUAGGGAAGGACUGGAGGGACCUGUUUGAUGUUGUUAUUGUUCAGGCCGACAAACCUGGUUUCUUCAAUGACAGGAGAAAACCCUUCAGGCGAGUGACUGACAAAGGUGCGUUGCUGUGGGACAGGAUUCACAAGUUGGAAAAGGGGCAGAUCUACAAACAGGGAAACCUUUAUGAGUUCCUGAGACUCACAGGCUGGAGAGGAUCCAAAGUGCUCUACUUUGGUGAUCACAUCUACAGCGACUUGGCAGAUUUAACGCUGAAACAUGGCUGGAGAACAGGGGCCAUCAUCCCUGAGCUGAGGAAAGAGAUCAAGAUUAUGAACACGGAGCAGUAUGUGCACAUGAUGACCUGGUUACAGGCACUGACUGGACUUAUUGAACAGAUGCAGGUGCACAGGGACCCGGCAUCUCAAGCUGUUGUUGACGAGUGGAUCCGAGAAAGAGAAGCCAUGAGGCCACAGACGAAGGACAUCUUCAACGCUCAGUUUGGGAGUCUUUUCCGAACAUACCACAACCCCACUUACUUCUCACGACGACUGUCGCGCUUUGCUGACAUCUACAUGGCCUCCAUCAGCUGCCUGCUCAACUACGACUUCCAGCACACCUUUUUCCCCCGCCGCACUCCCCUGCAGCACGAGUCGCCCUUCUGGCCUGAACACAGCUCUGCUGGCCUGAGUGUCUCCUCACAGUUCCACACGACCAAAGCAGGGUCCGAUUAGAGAGAGGGCAAGGCAUUGUUCAGAUUGACUGAUCUCCAUUGCUGAUUUAAACUUAACUCUUUUUUUUUUUCAAGUUUUGAGAUAUGGCAUUUUAGAAGAUGCAUGCCACACUUUAAGUUAUGUAUAAUUGGUUACAAUCAUGUAAAUUGUUGAUGUUUAUUAAGCUUUAAACUAGUAGUUAUGUAUAUCCUGUCAAAGAAUUCAGUGGAUUUUGUGCUUUUUAAGCCAAAUGCCACAUGACAGAACAAGCAAUUCAAUUAUUGAAUUUGAAAAAUGCAUAUUUUGUAUUUUAAAUCUUUAUUUGGAAUUUGGAAACUUGAAAGCACUGAUUGUUUUGGAUUUGCGUGUGUGUGUGUCUUUGUUUGAGGGAGAGGGAGGUUUGUAGUGCGAGAUUACGCUAAAAUGAUGCAUUUACACAGUUUAAACAAUAAGGGGCAGUCUCACAUCAAGUCUAUAAUAGGUCUCUAGUAUGAACUGUACAAUCUCUUUAAAGAUUAUCUUUGCCUUUUUUUUGUCCUCUGCAUCUGUAAAACUGUAAGAGACUAGCUACUGGUGAAAUACUGACAUGACAUUUACAUUACAAACUCUGUUGCCUUAAUCUCAUGUUCACAUUACUGCUAUGUACUGUAUAUAUUUUUAAUAGCCUAAUAUUAAAUGAAGGUAAUCAAGCUUUUCAGACUUUGCCAACAAGCAUUUUAGUUCAUUUAAUUUUGAACUGCACAUUGUGAUGCACAUUGCACAUUGAUUGUCAGAUAUUUUUGUUUUAAUCAUUUUUACAAAACACAGCCUGUAUGUUUCAUUUUAGCAGAAGAGAAAUUGUAAUACUUGUCAGGAAAAUAUAGAACAUUAUUGCUGCAUUUAGCAUGGGUGUUGCUGUUUGAUCUGUCCAGGCAGCAUUGAGUUCUGUGGGUUUGUCACUUUUUUGCGAAAGUGAGUGAAAGCUGGAGAUAUAUAUAUAUAUAUAUUUCAUAUACAAGCUGGCAUCUUUUUAGUUUUUAAUGAAUUUGGAAAAAGGGAAUUGUUUAAUACCAGUGUCCACAACCAAGACCUCAUGGCUUCUUUUCUUUAUUUGUUCCUGUAGUUUUAAAUAUGUCUUGAUAAAGUGUAUUUUUAUUUCACUAUUUAUUAAAAUGGAAA